CGCGAGCUGCUCCGCACAGCCUGCUGCUUAACUGCCAGUUGCUUGCUGCCACUGCAUGCCCUCUCUCCAACUACUCGCGCGCGCGCGUGCCGGAGCAGCGAGCGCAGGAGCAAGGCUGCAAGGGGCGGCGACGCGGAGAUCAGCCAUGCAGCUCUUCUCGGGCCGGAGCAAGGAGCGCAGGAGCGGCGGAGGCGGCAGCAACUGCCAGGCCGCGGCGGCGACGACUCGGCACAGGAGUGGCAGGUGCCGCGCGCUGUGCUGCGGCGCGUCGCGGCUGAGCGUGUCCUCGUCGGCGUCGUGCUCGUCCGCGGACGCGGCGCCGGAGCCGCUCCCCCUGCCGCCGCCGCCGCAUCCGCACCCGCGCGGCCUGUCCAAGCUCGCGCACAGGAUGGUCCAGGCGCGGCUGCAGUCGAUGAUCGACGCCGCCUCGGAGACCCCGGUGCCGCGCCGCGCGCCGGACGACGAGCCCGUCGCCGGUGAGCGGCCCCGCCGCGGCCUACCGCGCGCGUGGGCCCGCGGCGGCGGCCGCGGCUACGAGAAGAGCGCCCGCCGGGAGCCGGCGGCGGGCGUGCGUGCGUGCGUGGUGCUGCUGGCGGAGGACCGGCGGACGCACGACCCGCGGGAGGAGUUCCGGCGGUCCAUCGCGGAGGUGAUCACGGCGAAGCGGAUGGCCGAGCCCGCGGAGCUGCGGGCGCUGCUCAACUGCUACGUCUCGGUGAACGCGCGCGAGCACCGCGCCGCCAUCCUCCAAGCCUUCCACGAGGUCUGCUCGGUCCUCUUCUCCUGCAAGCAGCUGGGCUGAGCUGAGAGUUCGAUCGCCUUGGUGAUUGGGCUGCAAAUUAAAUGCAAGCGUGUAAUUAGCCAGUCGUCCUGUGAUUACCAAACGUACAAACGGGAAUGUGUGACUAUUGUUGUAGAGUGUAAUAAGUGGAGAGAAUUCCUUGAAUGCCA